UUUCUCUUGGGCAAUGGCGCCCUCGUGAUGCGUCGGUUUUCCGGAAACUUCCAUAUUAGGUCAAUAUCGGCUAAGUGUCAAUUUCAAUGUUAUCCGGUAAAUGCAAAACAAAUGAAUUUCUAAAGUUUUCGCUUCAAAGUUGAAUUUGGACAACAAUCCUUGUCCAUCGGGACGAAUUUUGCCAUAAUGAAGGCGUAUUUCUAGACUGAUGUGAGAGUUCUUUUGUCUAAGGCUGCAAUAUUUUCAAUAUUUAUUGUUUAAAGUUACCAAGUCGCAAAAAAAUCAACCAAUAAUGGCAUCAAAUGCUGUCGAGUAGCGGCCAUUAAAAUACGCAACUGAGUGUAUAGUCUUUUUUUAUUGUCGUUUUUUCGGCGUUUGUAUUGUCGCAAUGGAGCUGAGAGUUGGCAAUAAAUACCGUCUUGGAAGAAAGAUUGGUAGUGGUUCGUUUGGUGAUAUUUAUCUUGGUAAGAAGCGAAUAUUUUCAACAUUGUUUAUAGAUUUUGCAACAUAGCGUUGUCAAGUGACUUUCGUGGUAUAAACAAUACGAAGCCUUUUAAAAAUACUGUUUUUUUGCCCAUGAAAAACCCACAGCGUAAACUAUGAAAGAUUUAUAUCUAAAUACAGCAAAGGAAAGGUUUAAGGUGUAUUAAAAUUAUUUCAAACUGGGAAAUUUUGAAUUUAUAUAGGGACAAGUAUCGCCACAGCCGAGGAGGUCGCGAUAAAGCUAGAAUGCGUCAAAACGAAGCAUCCACAACUUCACAUCGAAGCGAAAUUUUACAAGAUGAUGCAAGGGGGAGGUUAGAAAAUAAUCCUUGAAGAAACCUUAAAAUAUCGUGCUUUUAUUUAUAUGCAAUCGUUUCGUUUUUAGCUUGUUAUUUUCAAGCAGUGUUGCCAAUAUAAUUUAUUCCUUGAUUAUAAAAAAGGUUGUCGAUCAUACCGAUUUAAACGCUUAUUUUGAGCGGUAAACCAAUGUAGAAAGACCUCUAUUAUAUAGAACUUUAAAGAACCUAUCCCCUUUCAUAAUUCGUACAGCAUUUUGCAACGAUUUCAUUUAUUAUAAUUCUUCCUCUUUUGCAAAAAAAAGGCCAGAGUUCCAAACAAAAGUAUGUUUACAUUUCACAGUUUUAAAAAGGUCGGCUGUUUGGCUGUGUGAAAAUAUUAUAAGGAGAUCAAGAAUACUGACCAGUUUAUAAAAAUAGAUGUGAUUUUCAUGUUCACAGAGCAUAAGAUUCCUGCAGAGCUAUUCAAACUCAGCUUGGGACAAAUCGUUUUAAAAUUACAAAAGCUUUAUAUAUUUCAAAUAUGUAAACAUAAUGGAAAAUUGAGAUUUUCCAUGUUAAUAUUUAUCCUUGUGAGAUGUGCAAAUAGUGUUUGUAUUGGGAAAAGUCUAGAUUGUAAUCUUAGGUAUAUCUUUUUACUCUUUUUAUUGUUUUUUUGUUCAGUAAUUAUAUAUUGAACAUUUGUUUUGUAUGCAUUAAUGCAUGUUGCCUUUCCUUCUUAUUUCACUGUGUGUUAUUUCACAAAAUGUUUGGCAUUUGGCCUGAUUUACGCCAAAAGCAGAUCAUCUGUCAAGACAGAUAUCAAUCGGACGGAUUAUCCACCUCGGCUUAAACACAAGACCGUCUAUCUAGACAAUCGAGUCGAUGAGUCAUCCCGGAAAACGUCCAUACCUCUCCCACAGGGGGAAAUUGGAAGGUAACCCCUACCCUCUUUAUAUGUCCUAAUACACUUACUAUUAUCAGAAACAUUUUUUCUCCCCUCCCCCUAGACAGCAAAAAUUUCCUCUGUGGGGGAAGUGUGGAUCUUUUCUGGAACGACCCGAUACAACUGUCAGCCAUUGUCAGAGCGAAACGCGAACGUGGCAUCUACUGACUGUUCUGCACAUAUGGCCCAGUCAGUUCCGCACAUAUGGCCCAGUCAGUUCCGCACAUUAUGGCCCGUAAUUGUGUUAAAUUUCAUGUAGUGGGCAUCCCAACAAUAAAAUGGUGUGGCACAGAAGGCGAUUACAAUGUUCUCGUCAUGGAGUUACUUGGUCCGAGUCUCGAAGAUCUGUUUAAUUUCUGCGAGAGAAAGUUCAGUCUCAAAACUGUACUACUUCUUGCAGAUCAACUGGUUAGUGGUGACUGGUAUUAUUCUCCGAGUACAUAUUCCUUUCAUAAACAAGAGGGGCCAUCCAAGCAAGUUUCUACUAAGAAUCUGCUUACACAGGGCUUGGCCCUUGCCCAGAAGGUGCACAUGCUACAAUUUUAGCUGGUUUAUCGUUUUGACACAUGUUAAAACAUCAAACAUUGAGAUGGUAUGAACUGUGGACUCAUUAUUCCAUGCAUGACAGUGAACCAAACACUUGGUAUUGAAUUGAUAUUAGAGUACAAUAUAAGACAUUUUAUCCACAUCUAGGUGAUCUAGUUUUGGUUGCAUUUCAGUAAUUAACCUGUUUUUCUAUCCUUGUAUAUUGACUAACUGCUUUCAUCCACAGAUAAGCCGAAUCGAAUAUGUCCACAGCAAAAAUUUCAUUCAUCGUGAUGUCAAGCCGGACAAUUUUUUGAUGGGCCUCAGCAAGAAAGGCAAUCUCGUCUAUAUCAUCGACUUUGGUUUGGCCAAGAAAUAUCGAGAUGCACGGACGCAUCAGCACAUACCAUACAGGGAAAACAAGAAUCUCACUGGCACAGCAAGAUAUGCCAGUAUUAAUACACAUUUAGGAAUAGGUAUACAUUCAAUAAUACAGUGUAAUAAAGCUUUUUGUUUUGAACUACAGUAUAACAAUACCUUAUCAUGGCAUCACCUUUGUAUUUAUAUGUGAACUUAUGGUGGAACUCGACAACUGGAAUCUGUACUGUAGCUCAGUUGGUUAGAGCGCUUCACUGGAAUUGCAGGGCUGCACAUUUGAUUCCUACCAGAGGGCCUAUAGUUGCAUUCUAUGUAGUUGCGUAUUCUCCCUGCCAAUCAGGUCUAAAAUUGUAUAGAAAUUUUCUGCAAAAAAACCAUCAGCAUAAUAUGGCUCGAAUAUCCAAAAAUACCUUAGUGUUCUGUUAUCAAACUGCAAAAAUGGACACUUUUAAUGUUUUUUUCUUUUUAGAACAAAGUCGCAGAGAUGAUCUUGAAUCGCUGGGAUAUGUUUUAAUGUAUUUCAAUCUGGGCAGUCUGCCUUGGCAAGGUUUAAAAGCUGCAACAAAGAAACAAAAAUAUGAGCGAAUCAGCGAGAAGAAAAUGUCAACGCCGAUUGAAGUUUUAUGUAAAGGAUUCCCAAGUAUGAACAUUUCUGUUGGGCAAAAAAUAAUUAGAAUGAAAAGUAACAAAUUGAAGUGUAAUUAUUGGAGUUGAGAUAUUUUUUUCAGGUUGUUCAAACACAAACCAUGGCAGCUUAUUGUGGAAUACUACCUACACUGGACCACCAUGUUUGAGAUAUCGUUUUCAGACACAACCCGUGAUAGCUCAUUGUAGAAUAUCUUUUUCAGACACAAACCAUGAUAGCUUAUUGUAGAAAGCUACCUAACGCUAGGUCCCCAAAUUUGAGAUAUCACCACCAUCAUGCUAAAUUGUAUAAAUUGUUAUUUUUUAGCGGAAUUUGCAACAUACGUAAAUUACUGUCGUUCCUUGAGAUUUGACGACAAACCCGACUAUGCAUAUCUCAGACAAUUAUUCCGUAACUUAUUUCAUCGCCACGGAUAUGCAUAUGAUUAUAUAUUUGAUUGGAACCUACUGAAGAUUGUAAGUUCAAUAAUUUACCCUUGAUACUUCAAGUCUCCCAAUUUACUUCUAAAUUACUGGGCAGAUUAGGAAAGUUUGUUGUGCAAAACAUGGCUAGGAAACAAUGUUUCCCGAUUUGCCCACCUUUGGGAAACAUGGCUAGGACACACUGUUUCCUGGUUUGCCUACCUUUGGGAAACAUGGCUAGGAAACAAUGUGUCCUGGUUUGCCCACCCUUGGGAAACAUGGCUAGGAAACAAUGUUUCCUGGUUUGUCCACCUUUGGGAAACAUGGCUAGGAAACAAUGUUUCCUGGUUUGCCAACCUUCAGGAAACAUGGCUAGGAAACAAUGUUUCCUGGUUUGUCCACCUUCGGGAAACAUGGUUAGGAAACAAUGUUUCCUGGUUUGCCAACCUUCAGGAAACAUGGGUAGGAAACAAUGUUUCCUGGUUUGUCCACCUUUGGGAAACAUGGCUGGGAAACAAUGUUUCCCGAUUUGCCCACCUUUGAGAAACAUGGCUAGGACACACUGUUUCAUGGUUUGCCAACCUUUGGGAAACAUGGCUAGGAAACAAUGUGUCCUGGUUUGCCAACCUUUGGGAAACAUGGCUAGGAAACAAUGUGUCCUGGUUUGCCCACCCUUGGGAAACAUGGCUAGGAAACAAUGUUUCCUGGUUUGUCCACCUUUGGGAAACAUGGCUAGGAAACAAUGUUUCCUGGUUUGCCAACCUUCAGGAAACAUGGCUAGGAAACAAUGUUUCCUGGUUUGUCCACCUUCGGGAAACAUGGUUAGGAAACAAUGUUUCCUGGUUUGCCAACCUUCAGGAAACAUGGGUAGGAAACAAUGUUUCCUGGUUUGUCCACCUUUGGGAAACAUGGCUGGGAAACAAUGUUUCCCGAUUUGCCCACCUUUGAGAAACAUGGCUAGGACACACUGUUUCAUGGUUUGCCAACCUUUGGGAAACAUGGCUAGGAAACAAUGUGUCCUGGUUUGCCAACCUUUGGGAAACAUGGCUAGGAAACAAUGUGUCCUGGUUUGCCCACCCUUGGGAAACAUGGCUAGGAAACAAUGUUUCCUGGUUUGUCCACCUUUGGGAAACUGGCUAGGAAACAAUGUUUCCUGGUUUGCCAACCUUCAGGAAACAUGGCUAGGAAACAAUGUUUCCUGGUUUGCCCACCUUUAGGAAACAUGGCUAGGAAACAAUGUUUACAAGUUUGGCCAAAGAUUCAAUGAAGCCUUUAAAUUGUGCUGCUUGCAUCACUGGUAUUCGAAAAGUAAAUCCAGUUUCAAAUUGUUGUAUAAAACAUGAAAACGUGAAGGCGUGUUUAGAAUCACUCGAAACUGAAGUCAGUCAUUCGUUUCUCUAGAAUGGUCGAGAAGAUCUGUCAGGUGAGAGAUCACGAGAACGAGGCGAACUGCCCGCUGAAAGACAUCACCAUGGUAGAGGUUCUGCCAACAGAGCCACCAUGGGCAACUCCGCUGCACGACUGACUAGUGGUAUCGCCGCCUCGCCUGCUGGUAAGAUGUUAGAUUUGCAUUCGCAAACACUGCAGGUUUUGCAAUGUUUCAGUUUCCUAUAGCAACACUGGACCAAAAAGAGAUGACUCUUAUUGGACUUCUAGGAAGAACAGUUUAGAACUGAUAGAGCUAUCCAGUAUAAAUAAAGUUAGUUUAGUUUAUGUUUCCUCCUGUAGCAACACUGGACCAAAAAGAGAUGACUCUUACUGGACCUCUAGGAAGAACAGUUUAGAACUGAUAGAGCUAUCCAGUAUAAAUAAAGUUAGUUUAAUUUAGGCUUCCUCCUGUAGUAACACUGGACCAAAAAGAGAUGACUCUUACUGGACCUCUAGGAAGAACAGUUUAGAACUGAUAGAGCUAUCCAGUAUAAAUAAAGUUAGUUUAGUUUAUGUUUCCUCCUGUAGCAACACUGGACCAAAAAGAGAUGACUCUUACUGGACCUCUAGGAAGAACAGUUAAGAACUGAUAGAGCUAUCCAGUAUAAAUAAAGUUAGUUUAGUUUAUGUUUCCUCCUGUAGCAACAUUGGACCAAAAAGAGAUGACUCUUACUGGACCUCUAGGGAGAAUAGUUUAGAACUGAUAGAGCUAUCCAGUAUAAAUAAACUUAGUUUAGUUUAGAUUUCCUCCUGUAGUAACACUGGAUCAAUAAGAGAUGAUCCUUACUGGACCUCUAGGAAGAACAGUUUAGAACUGAUAUCUCAAGCUACCAUGUAUAAAUAACUAGUGUUAAAUGUGUUUUCUUUCCUCGAUGUAGGAGGAUCAAGACCAGUCUCAAGAGGAGAACGAGAUCGACGAGUCAGCAUGCGACUUCACCGUGGUCCCGAAGGAAGCGCUGCUGAGCAUGCGCGUGGAGAGCCAUCACGUAUGUCCGGCGUGCACACCCGUGCUUCGCUUGCCACCGGAAACGCUUCGGGCGUCCGUCGGAUGGGCGGCUCGCGCGACAGAGGACUUGGAAACGAUGACUUUGUACCACGGACCUCCACGAGGCAACUACAGAGAACCGCAAAAUAACUUGUUGCGUUUCAGUGAGCGAUACAGGACAACAGAUGGCGUCAGCAUCAGAAAUGUUCAAAAUUAAACCCAAUACUACACACGUAAAAACGCGCAAGUUGUAACAAACUGCAGCAGACUUGUAAACAGGAUGUGUUCGCACUGCUUGUUCCCAGCUUGUCAACGCCUUGUUGACAACUUGCUACAAGGUUGUUGAGCUCAACAGACUUGGUACAAGUUGUUCCAACAACUUGUUAUCGUCCUGCAUUUCAAUAAUUUGUCAACAAGUUGUGAGUGACAACCUUGUAGCAACUUGAUGAAAUAACAGAAUUGUUACAACUUGUUGACAAGCUUGCUACAAGCCUGUUGCGAACUCAUCUUGUUGACAAGUUGCGAGAUUUUUACGUCUGUAGACACGAUCAACUAUAAGCAUGCAUAUAACUGGAACCCUACCUCCAACCGGAAAUCUGAAGCCAAACUUGACGACCACUCCAAGUCUUUUCACGCAUGCGAAGAGCACUCAAUCAUGACAUAAACACGCGUAUCUUGACCACCACACACGCGUGUCUAGAGGUCAGAUUUGGCUUCAAGAAAAAGAUAGGCAGUAUAUCUGAAGGUAGUGUUCCAGUUCUAUUCAUUUCAAUGGCUAUAACGUACCGCCAUCAGCUGCAACGACAGUGCCGCUCAGUGAAACCUACCUAUUUGUGGCGCGACAACGAAAUGACGUUAUUAUGUCGUGAACCGUAUUUGAUAUUGUAUAAAAUUUAGAGCCUAAAGAUUAGAAAACGACGCAGAAUUGUGAAUGUUUGUAAAUAAAAUAUAUGGAUAAAGAUUG